ACUUGGUCGUAUAAACCUAUGUGUCAAAUAAAUGCUAAAAUCUCUAUCAAAAACUUAAUAAAACUGUUAAUUUGCCAAUGACGGGGUGAUUGUGGAAAAUUCGAUAAAAUUUAAUAUUCUUGUACCUGAUUGUUUUAUUUGUUCGAUCAAGAUGUUAAUAUUUCGAGUUAUAGUAGGACUAAUGCCGAGCUAAACCCGAGGAACAAUGCUGCAGAUGGGAGUUCUAUUUAAUGAUGUUAAAAAAGUGACAUAAUCACAAAUCAACCAUAUUCCCAUCUUAGCUGAUUAAUAAUUUCCAUAUUCAAUAUGAUGACCUCGGAGGAAUCCGACUCUUUGAGUACAAUACCUUCAGACGGCCACCCAGAAGAUGCAUCAGCAUCAGGCACUGAAGAAGCUCCUUCUUCUAUGGUAUCAAGCGAGGCGGAAUCGGACGGAAGUGUGCUCUCCGAGCCCCCACGUCACGAUACAAUAGACAAUAUGUUGAACCACACUGAAACUGGCUCAAUGGAUCAGUCGCAAAACUCACUCGAUAAGACCCUCGAGCCCACAGCUGAUGUACGAGCGGUUGGCAGUACUUUAGCAUCUUUAGUUUCGACAAGAGGCUCAAUGCUGCCAUGGGGUCCCAACAAGGGUGUCUUCGUUCCUACAUCAGAUACAGAUCUAAGACCAGGGGAGUAUGUGAUGCGUCUCCUCUUCACAGAGUUCACCGUGCAAGCUGAGAGGAAGAUGGAGGCGGUUAUGGCUGAACCUUUGGAAAAACCACUUAACAAGACGCUGCAGAGAGGUGAAGACCCGCAGCUAGAUCAAAUCCUCUCUGCCUUUGGUACAGUAGCCGAACAUUGCCUUCCGUCUCUACUGCGAGCCCUGUUCGGGUGGUUGGAGAGGCAGAUGGCGGAGUCACCGCAACUGAAUGAACAAGCCAAGAAACCUCAUCAAGAUUUGAGAAAUAAAAGCAUAAUCUACAUAGUAUCGGGCAGUGGAGCAGGAACUGAACAAGUUGAACGUAGUUGUGAGGAGCUGCAGGCUGAGCGGCGAGAUUUAGCCGUGGAGUUUCUUUUCUGUCUUGCUUUGAUAGAAGUGCUGCGGCAGCUGCCCUUCCACCCAGGCCAUGAGGAUCUUGUACAGUACAUCGAGAAUGUGGCCUUCAAACGAUUCAACUAUAAAGAUGGUUUACAAUCAAACCCGAAUGCAGCCAACGUGCACAUCAUUGCCGAUUUAUACGCAGAAGUUAUUGGCGUUCUUGCUCAGUCGCGUUUUGCCUCCGUGCGUAAACGUUUCACUGCAGAGUUGAAGGAGCUAAAAAGCCGCGAACCAUCGCCUCACACAACACAAAGUAUAAUAUCCCUGUUAAUGGGUAUGAAGUUCUUUCGAGUCAAGAUGGUACCGAUAGAGGAAUUCGAGGCGUCCUUCCAAUUCUUGCAAGAAUGCGCUCAGUACUUCCUCGAAGUAAAGGACAAAGAUAUCCGGCAUGCGCUGGCUGGGCUAUUCGUUGAGAUACUUGUACCAGUGGCAGCGACCGUGAAAAAUGAAGUGAACGUACCAUGUCUCAAAAAUUUCGUUGAGAUGCUCUACAGUCAUACACUGGAUACGAGCACCAAGUCCAAACAUCGCCUGGCGCUGUUCCCGCUGGUCACUUGUCUACUCUGCGUAUCCCAGAAGCAGUUCUUCCUAGCGAACCUGCAUUGCUUUCUGGCCAUGUGCCUGUCACAUCUGAAAAAUAGGGACCCUAAAAUGUGCAGAGUGGCACUCGAGUCGCUGUAUCGCCUGCUUUGGGUGUAUAUGAUCAGGAUCAAGUGCGAAAGCAACUCAGCCACACAGUCUAGACUUUCGAGUAUUGUGAAUUCACUAUUCCCGAAAGGAUCCAAGGGUGUUGUACCACGUGACACACCAUUAAACAUCUUCGUGAAAAUUAUACAAUUCGUUGCCCAAGAGAGGCUCGAUUUUGCGAUGCGAGAAAUAGUGUUCGAUUUACUAAUGGUGGGUAGACCCAUAAAAAUAAUUUUAACACCGGAGAGGAUGUCGAUUGGCCUCCGAGCGUUCCUGGUCGUAGCUGACAGUCUUCAGCAGAAAGAAGGGGAGCCGCCUAUGCCCAGAACAUCUGGCACACUUCCCUCAGGGAACACUUUGCGUGUCAAGAAAACUUUCCUAAACAAAAUGUUGACGGAUGAGACAGCUCGAUCAAUUGGUAUGAGCGCCUAUUUUCCAUACGUAAGGCGGGUGCUGGUGGAAAUCCUCAGGGCUCUAGAUGCUCAUUACGGUCGACCGUUGAUGCUCACGAACACACAAAACGUGACAAAGGAACAGGAGAUUAAUACAGGAGAAAGGAAGCCGAGAAUCGAUCUAUUUAGGACAUGUGUUGCCGCAAUACCAAGGUUGAUACCAGAAGGCAUGAGUCCAAACGAGCUGGUAGAUCUUCUGUGUCGGCUUACAGUACAUAUGGAUGAAGAACUGCGAGGACUUUCAUUCCAAAGUCUACAAACACUGAUUGUGGACUUCCCCGAGUGGCGGCAAGAUGUUCUCGCUGGAUUUACGCAGUUCUUAGCCAAGGAGGUUCAGGAUACGUCACCGCAACUUGUGGAGAACGGAUUAAGAAUGCUAUUACAACUGGUAACGAGCUGGAAAAAUGGUGAACCUAGCGUUUCGCCACCCAAGCCUGAACCUCUAGCUUCUAUCAUCAGGGGGGCCGAGGCCUUGGGAUUGGUUAUGCUGUGUCAGGGUAAGGCGUACCCUCGGCGUCUCGCUGUCCAUAUACUAAGAGAAACUAAGUACUUGCUUGAGAGGCUACAACUGACAAGAGAUGAACCUGCGCUGAUAGACGCAGCAGAUAUACACGUACCGCACUUCACUGAGAAGUGCCUGCCUAUCCUGCCACCGACUGAGAAGCAAGCCUUACUGGCGGCAGCUCAACCUGACUUAGUGUGGGUGGCGGAACGAAGCCAUGCUGUUUGGACAGCUGGUCUGCAACAUGACGACACAUCCUCUAAGAAUAGCUGGAGUGGGAGCUCUACCAAUGGUGCUGACCCUUGGGAGGUGGUGUUAUUCGGGCUACUCGAGAAAAGUCGCGUGCCGGCACAGUGUCCCGCGACCGUGUUACAAGCGUGGCCGAUACUGCACGCACGCAUACACGCACUUUAUACAAUUAUCGAACCAGCACCGGUAAACGACAAUCGUGCGUCUCUCCUCUCUCGAGGUCCCGCGUUACCACGUAAGCCCGAGAAAGAAAGAGACGGCUAUAUGCAAGUAUGGAGGUACUACAUGACAAUGGCAUACCUGGUUGUGCCGGCUGUACCGAGUCCAGUGAUCAGAUGCGCAAGUCCCGACUUAAGCUUAAGCGUGGAGGGCUGGGUCGCGCCGGCUCCGCUGAGCUCGUCCAGCGAGAGCCUCAACACACCUGGUGGUUUCUUCACGCUGCCCUUGAGCUAUGCGCGCUCUCACAAGCAUCACAAGCGGACGAGCUCGUCACCUGACUCGCUGAGCGAGCGCAGUGGGGGUGAAGCGCGUGGGGCUCACGCGGCGCCCGCUUCGCUACAUAAGCUCGCUGUGCCCCUGGCGCGCUGCGAGGUGCCUGAAGUGAGGGAUGCGGCCGUGGCGGCGUGUGGACAUAUCAAUCCAGAUGCGCUCAAGGAUUUAUUCGAAGAACUAAUACCGUUACUCCGAGAGGCGGUCGAUCGCAAACAAGAAAACAUGCGAAGGCGACGAAGGCGUGACGCUCUACGAUUGCAUUUGAACAAAAUGUUGCUCAUCAUUGCACAAAGAAAAACAUUCGCUACAAGCACAUACGCAUUAGAGAAUGGAGGCCUGCACUCCAGCAUUACGGAGUACCUCGAGGGAGUGCGCCAGUGUCUCGAGGUGGAAGCGGAAAAAGAUGCCCCCGCUGCCAGAGAACAGCGGCUCACGUUCGCUGACUUCGUCACAGAGCUCAUUAAGAGUUUCCCACUUGAAAUGUACGGAUCGCUGCUAAAACGCGAGCUAUGCAAGAGUCUGUUCAGCCUGUUCGCGGGCUGGUGUGGACCGCUGGCUAAGCACCUCGGCACCCUCGAGCCGCAACCGCAGGCACCAGAGAUAGACGACAGGCUCAAUCUCGCCGCACUCAAAGCAAUGAGUGCUUUGGUCUGCUGUGGGCCGUGCUUCGCCCCCGCCGCGCUUGCCGAAGAUGGUUCUCUUUAUCCUUGGCUCAGCGAGAUGCUAUCUUCCACCAACGACAAGAUAUACGAACUGGCCCGUGAAACGAUAGUGUUGUUACUCGACUGCAACCCUGAUAUCGGGCCGCUGCUGGACUGGACCGUGGACAAAUGCUUCACCGGCCCGCCGAGAGUGGCUGAUGGAUGCUUCAUGGCUCUUGCGACCAUCUUCAGUGCUAGGGAAUACCCGUGUGACCAUUACACGGCGAUCAUCAAUGUCACACUGAUGUGCACUGGCUGCCCAAGGGCGCCGGUUCACGAGAGCGCAUUACAGCUCUUGCAGCUGUUGGAUAAACGAUUCUUUGGCACCGUCGGACCACUUCCAGCUGAUGACGAGAACGCGUCGGAGAAAGGGCGAGGAACGCUGGACGUACUGUUAUGCACGACUUACUGUCGCUCGCAGCUGUACCUGUCACGACAGCUCUCUCAGUUGCACCCGGAAUUAACAAUGCCGAUGUUUUCAGAAAUAACAGCGCGUUUCCAAACUGCUCGUACAGAAGUACGACAGCUGCUGCUUCAAUACUUGUUACCCUGGCUUGUGAACAUCGAGCUCGUUGACCCCAACGUGCCGCCCGCCAACCCCUUGUCCUACAUACAGUACUACGUAGCGGAGGCAGGACGCACUGGGCGGCGCGAAGGGCUCGGCUCCGUAGAGGCUACGGAGAUGGUUCUUAACAAUCUCUUCUACAUCACAGUCAAGUUCUCGGACAAUCACCCGAAGGAAAUCGAAGAGUUGUGGUCGACGCUUUGCGCUUGCUGGUCAAACAACCUCAAAGUUAUCAUCAGAUACCUCAUCAUCGUCUCGGGGAUGGCACCGAACGAGCUGCUACCAUACGCAAAACGCGUCGUACUAUACUUGGCGCGAUCGAGGCCGGAACGUCUUCUGGACGAGAUGAUGACGGAACUCCAGACCGUGGAGACACUUAACUGCCUCAUCGAGAGAACUGAGACGCCACCUUUCUACCGGCUAACUUCGAUGCGGAAAGCCACGUCUGGUCACAGCGAUGGACCAGGGACUGGGUCGCAGGAUGCGACGGGCCGCACAGGAGAACUGGCUCCGGUUGAAAAAGGCACCAUUCACACUAAGCGCCACAGCGGCGAGGACCCGGCGAAGGCAUCCAGCGCUAAAACGGAAAUGCCCCGUAUUCAAGACAAGCGCCCGUCUGCACCGCCGUGCCCCACGCCGCCCGCCGACGACGACCCCACACCUCCCUCCGACGGAGACGCUACGCCGACGGGUAUGUGCGGUGAUUCUGGAGGCCCUGUUAGCGCUCCCAGUACCCCGCAGGAAGCCCGCGUUGACUCCUUGCAGCCGCGGCCUCUACCCAUGCCGGAGUACGGAGGCUUCUUUGCCCUCCUCACUGAAUACCUACCCGACACAAACCAACCAGUAUCUGGGUUUCACAGGUGCAACGUGGCGGUUAUGCUUCUCUGCGAUGUGGUAUUGGACGGCGUGGAGCUGGACUGGUCCAUACAUGUGCCGCUCAUGCUGCACAUAGUGUUCCUCGGCAUGGACCAUACCAGGUGGAUAGUCCAUCAGCACUGCCGGCAGCUGCUACUGAAUCUGUUGGUAGCCGUGGCAGCUCACCACGAUCACCUGACCAUCGCGCGAGUGCUGCUGGCUGCUCGAUCAGCCCAGCUGGGUCUCGGUCUACCACCACCACCCUUACCACUCGUACCGCAUAAUUUCACUGAACCAGAUGCAGUGUUCGACAACUUCCCUCAGUGCGCCCACUCGCCGCGCUCGCACGUGCGCUCGCUGUCCUCCGACCCGCAAGUCACCCCCGAAGGUGAAAUAGACAAUUAUCCAUCGCUACCUGUAAUAGUGACAGGCGAAGCGGAACAGGAACCCGAAGCUGAGCCGGAAGCACCGCCAGCAGAGCUACCAAUAGCUGACGUCAUCAAGUCAAUGGUCCAUUACUUGGCGAGUAGACCGACACACAUGCCGCUGUGGCAAUAUGAAGACAUUACUGCUAAAGUGUGGAGUCUCCGCAGUUGCCAACAGAUGUCGACGCUCCUUCGUCACGCACUUCGGAUUUUCCGCGAGUCUCUGCCCCACGCGCUCAUAUCGGAGCGCUGGGCUCAGACUGCAUUGCAGUUAGGUCUAUCGUGCCCUUCCCGACACUACGCGGGAAGAUCUUUACAGGUAUUUCGUUUCAUCGGCGUGGCCAUGACUGGCCGGAUGGUAUCCGACAUUCUAUCCCGUUUGGUGGAAACUGUCGCUGAACAGGGAGAGGACAUGCAGGGCUAUGUGACUGAACUUCUCCUCACAUUAGAGGCGGCCGUCGACUCGCUGGAGUCGAACUUCAGGCCUCUAGACUACAUGCGUGACAUAUUCAAGAGCACGCCCAACUUGAACAACAAAGAUGGCGGACCACAGCCAAAUGGAAACGUAUACACGGCGGGUAAGAGAUCGCCGGGCGUGUGUGUCGGAUGCGUAAGCAACCACACGCGCAGUACGAGCUACUCAGUAUCGUACUGCGUUCGCAAGAGCAACGCUCCUCCCACCGCGGAGAAGCAACCGCACGAACCACGAACCCGACCCUGCGAAUCGACAAAGGGCGUAUGCUCGAAUUUAUGUCGCUCGCGUUCUGCACAAUCUCUUAAAUUGUUGGGUGACACCGCGACACAGGACGAUAAGUUGACGAUCCUAGCGACAUUAUUUUGGGUCGGAGCUUCACUUCUUGAAUCUGACUACGAGCAUGAAUUUCUACUUGGAGUGAGACUUCUAUCAAGAGUUAUGGCUCGUCUACCCCUGGACCGACCAGAUGCUAGGGAGCGCCUGGAUCGAACGCAGGCCCACGGAACGCAUGGACCAUCAUCGCUACACUCGCUGCUGCUAAAGGGUUGCACCCACCCGAAUACGUACGAGCCGGUGGUUGGCGUCUUGGUGGAUAUGAUCCCACUCCUGGAACUGCCGGUCAUCGACCCCACGCAAUCACUUGCCUUCCCCAUGACCGUAGUGGCAUUGUUGCCUUACAUGUUAUUACACUAUGAGGAAGCAAAUGAACUCUGCGUACGCGCAGCUUGUCACAUUGCACAGUUUACAGCCGAAAAGAGUAAAAAGUUAGAGAACCUCGGCACGGUGAUGACGCUGUACUCCCGGAGGACCUUCAGCAAGGAGAGCUUCCAGUGGACCAAGUGCGUGGUCAAAUACCUGUGGGAUACGUACUCGCACCUCUCGCUCCAGAUGCUGGCGUUCCUUGUUGAAGUCCUGGAGAAAGGUUCCGUGACCCUACAGCUUCACGUGCUUUCGAUCCUGCACUGCAUGCUCUACUACGUGGAAUUGAACGCGCCAGCCGCUCAGCCGGUCAAUGCGGACCUGUUGCGUGCUGUUGCGAAGUUUAUCGACCAAGACGGUAACAAUUAUAAAGAAGCUAUGAAGAUCUUGAAACUGGUGGUGACCCGUUGUUCUACGCUCGUUGUACCACCACACUGGGACCACGCGUCCUCUGUACUGGAUGCCGACUUACACGGGAAAAAGGAACUUCCGGGUCGUACAAUGGAUUUUACUUUCGACCUCUCCCAAACGCCAGUGAUUGGUCGCAAAUACUUACCGAAGAGUGGCAGUCAUCCUGCCACAGGACCCAGCUCGCUCUCUAACGCCUCUAGCGUUACUCCUGACAAAGGUUCAUCAAUGACAGGCUCUGCGUCCACCGUCGUGGGAGCUGAGAUGAGUUGUGCAAACGCUACUCAACCUCAUAGCGCGGCCUCACCGCGUCGUUCUCUCUCGCUCUCUCCCGCAGACGCGCUCGCUUCCGGCUGGAAACGACCUUGGAUGUCGCAGAGUCGCGUCCGCGAAUGCCUCGUGAAUCUCCUGACCACGUGCGGCCAGCGGGUUGGACUGCCGAAGAGUCCAUCUGUUAUCUUCAGUCAGAGUUCGGAGUUGUUGGAGCGAGAGUCCUCCAUGGCAUCUUCCCUGGAGGAGGUGUCAGGAACGCCUGGAAACGAGCCGUCUGGCGGCGCUCCGCCCACGGACCAUUUUGGAGUCUUCAAAGACUUUGAUUUUUUGGAGUACGAGAGUGAGAGUAUCGAGGGCGAGAGCUCUGACAACUUCAAUUGGGGCGUCCGUCGUCGUCUGCUUAGCGAAGAACGCGAAGAGGGCGUAGCUCCCGAGCGCAGUCCACCGCCGCAACGCAGCAAGCAGCAGGAGCACAAUGAUCACCAGCAUCACACGAAAACUGGUCAAGAGGACUCUUCUGAUGAGGAAGGUGGAUGGGAAGAAGGAGGACGAGUUGAAGGCGGAGACGGUGACGCUGGGUCUGCGCACGAGCUUGCUUUACGUGCGCGUGCGCAUUCGCUCUCCAGCGCCUCCAGCGGCGAACCUGAUGGAGAACGUGGCGACGUGACACCAGUGCCGACCGCGGUGGUUAGCGCGGUGGUAACGACGUCUGUCGGGCUGGUGGCGACGGGUGCCAGUACGGUGGUACGCGACGCAUGGCGCAGCUCGGUGGCGGCGCUGCUACGGCACGCGGCACACCUGCCACCGAUGUCUCUCGUGCACCGACUGCAUACAGUACUCAAGGAAGUAACAUCGAAGACCAUUUCGGUUUGCGGUGAGGGGGCUCUACUUUCCGGUACGGGUGGAUCCGGGAGCUCAGGAGGCUCAGGCGACCUUGCCGCAGUUCUGGAACGACUCAGCUCGGAAGAGCCCCCUUUACUGUGGGUGGGGCCCCUAGCUGCGGACUGCGCCCGAGUGCGCGACGCGGUGCGAUACGCGGCUCUUGAGAUUAAUGAACAUCUUGAAACCUACUUCGACAGGCGUGAACAUGCUUUGGAGACUCUCGAGUUGUCUCGAAAUGCAGAAGAAACAGGAAGAUGCUUGUAUAAGCUGAUCUUCCAACUGCUGCUACUUCUGGAGACCAACAACAAGAUGGUUGUAGCUGUUUACCACGCGGCCCUCGACAACCGGGGAGUAGAAAUGAGCGCGGCCGUAAUGUCGGUACGAGUGGCGCUGACUGCACACGUAGUCGACUCUUGGGGUGAACAUUCACCUGCGCCCCACGACGAGGCGCGUCUGCUCCACCUACUACAACGGCAGAGGUGGGGAGCUGCACUAGCAUUAGUGCGCGAACGCAACGCUGAGCGGAUUUUGGAACGCGGAGAACUUCCCGAAGAUGACGUAACGAGCUUGCUACAUGUUUACUGCAAAGGACUUUCGCAAGCACAUCCUGACAUGGUCGCGAUCACCCGGCCAGUGAACGAGUUGUCCCAGAACCUGUCUUUCAUGAUGGAGAGCCUGUACAAAGUGUCAGUGUCCCUGCAGCGACAAGAGUUUGGCUGAUGUCGCGCCCCCCGCCCGCGGCCUACGCGCUCGCGCCACCCAGCUCUCUUUAGCUGCUUUAAUAUCGACAUAUAAACGAUGGCGCACAUGUGCGCGACCUACGCGUGCACUAGACUGUAAUUACCAUAAUAGUACUUCAUACAUACUCAUCCAAAUAUACUCAGAUCCAAAUAACGCGCACUAAACCUCUAUUAGCAUCCUAAAAUUGAUAUGAAUUAUAAACUAUCAUUCCCGUUUUUACAUUUAAACUAUUUUAUUAAUUAAGUUACUCAUUAACAAACAUCACAUCACGUUCGUCGAAUUGGAGAAUAAUAUAUGUCGCAGUGUGUUCUAGUUAUAACCAAAUCCACGCUUCAGUUGAAACAUCGAUACAUAAUUCUCGGUAGUUCUACCCACGUCGUGUAUUUCAACAGCAUUGUAUUCAGUCACCCAUAAACACCCAACAUUUGAAUAGUAUAUCCUCAAAGGCUUAUUAUCGUAUUAUCGUCUAAUUUCAAAGUUUUCCUUCUUUCGUUACUGACGCAUAUAUUUUAUGUAUACGUUUUUAAAUCGAUUCUUUUGAUUAAGGUGUGCAUGUAAACGAUGUUCAGAAACAAAGUACAUUUACAGCGAAUGUACCAAAAUCAAACAGACCGGACCGGACAUUCUUCGAGAUUUUCAAGCAAGCGAUAUUAUAAAUGAUAUACACUGACCCGAACGCUUAACGUUACAUUACAUCACUAUAUAAGUUAUAUUAUUGACUCCAUAAUGUGACGUCAUACUUUUGUGACAAAACGAGAUUUGAAAUUUCGAAACUUCAAAUCUAAUAAACCAAAAAUAUCAAUCUCAAGUAUUAUGUAAUUCAUCUUGUCGUUAGUCUUUAAUAUAUAUCAAAAAAAUAUAAAAAAAUUGCCUUAAAUGUGUUUUCAAUAUUUCGUCUUUAGGGUACAUGAAGAUAUAUUUUUGUGGAGUUCGUUUUACGCUUAUAUAAGUGUCUGAAAAUUAUAUUUUAAGAUAAAAAUCGGUGUCUAUAUACAUUCAGUGUUUUAUUCGUAUAUUAAAUGUUAAAUAUCUGUACGCCUCCGGUCGCUCGGACGCCUUCUGCUUUCUGCGCUCCGUUAGUGAUGAACAUUUCAAUGUCGUGUUUAUAAACGUUGUAAAUUAAGAUAUGUAAUAAAAAGAAUACAUGACAAAGCCGCGGGGAGGGGGGAGCUCUCCCUCGAGUUCGAUUAUUACGUUUCAAGUAGUUAAUAUUAAAUUAUACAAGUAUAUUCAGCUCUCAAUCACGAUAUUAUAAUACAUAAGAGUUUAUGAAUCGAUUUAAUAUUGCUUCCUCAUUUGUAUGAAGUGUGUACCACGACCUUAUGUAUAUUAUAUCAACCGACACUUUGUCGAUAGAAUUACAUAUUUGUUAUUAAAUGGAUAUAUUCAAAGUUAACGAGUGUUUUAGAGUAAGAGUGUCGACUUCUCGAUCUCGACAUAAUUCUAAAGUUUCUGAACGUGAUUUGAAAAACUCAAUUUGACAGUAAUUCUUAUCUUCUUUGAAAAUAUUAUGAUGAUGUUUUAUUUUAAUCGUUUUAUCGUCAGUAUUGUUUCCUUUUACUUGUUACCAUUUUGUUUGUAUUUUUACUAAUACUUUACGAAAAAGUGUCUAUUAUAUUAUUUUUUUUAGCUUUCUAAAAGAAGUUAAAUAUUCUUCAUAUCAUAUGAAUUUAACGUUUUUUGAUAGCCGUGCUCGCUGCGGCGCACGGGGUAGCGAAUUUAGUAAAUAAAUAAUUAUUAGGUGAAUUAGUGUACUAACGGUACAUAUUAUUGUGAUUAAAACUCAUUUAGUUUUCAUAUUACUGAUCUCAGCUAGGAUAUUGUAAUAACACGCGAUGUCGCACAACAAACAUUUCGACAAGUGAAAUCAACAAAAUAUAUAAAACUAGCGAAGCGAAUUCUAUAAGUAUUAACUAUCUUUGGUGUCUGACGUUAGUGUCCGUCUGUGUGCUUCCGACUACUUGUUCUACGGGCGAACAGCGAACGCUUGAUGUGAACUGCAGAAGGGUCAAAAAAACGCGCCCAUAGUUUUCACGAUCACAAUACAUUCGUUAUUUAAUAAUCUUGUUAGAAAUCUUUCAAACGUAACAGAUUAAUAUGUUACGUUAAAAAAUUCGAGAUAUCGCGUGUACGCAACCAAAUACUUGAUUUUUUUUUCUAGUGCCUAUUUUGUUGUCUAUAUUCGCACAUAUCAAUAUCACCCAAUUUUUAUAUCUUCGAAACUCGCACGAACGAACAUACAAACACGACAAAUUACUAUCGCAGUAAUACAAAGACACCUCUAAUGUUACAUUACAUUGUCAUUAUCGCGACGAUUCAAUACAUGUUACGAGUUCUUCGUGUUCUUUUCAUGAAACCUGUCUCUAUUAACGAAGCAAUUAGUUAUCAACAUUUUUAAUUAAGACUGCCAUUGUAACUGAGUCACAGGUUCGAUUUUCCGGCGAUUUUAAAAAAAAUAUGUCAUCUCUAUCGUCGUUUCAACUUAUAUUUAAAUCAUAUUGUUCGCGUGAAAAUCGAAUCUAUCUCAGCUUUAUUCGCGGUGGAGAUAUCCGAGGUACGAGGAGACGUUACGAUCCGAUUGCGUGAUCAUUUCACUUCAACUAAACUCGUCUCCCAUGCCAGUCGGUUAUCUUCAGCGCGCUUCUUUGCCUUCGAGCAAAAUGUACCAAAUGAUGCAUAAUUUCGUUUUAAUUGCUAUAUUUACUCAACGCUUUUUUGUGAUAAACUUGUUCAUUUUAGUUUAUUGUGUAACUAAUUAGGUUAUUUAUUAUUAGCUUAAUUUUAUUCUCCCUUCCCGUUCGCGCCACACGCGUAUUAGUAACGAUGUGAAAUAAUAAAGUUUAUAACCAGUUGUACAUGUAUUUUAAAUUAAUAAAUGAAUUAAUAUCU